AUGCGCAAGGACCACUACCGCAUACAUCUACAUGUCCAUACCGGGGUCAAGUCCUUCUUCUGCGAGGACUGCGGGAAAGGUAACUGUAGUAACUCUGCACCAAACAACCCAUAUACUUGUAAGAACUGCAGCGAACCCUUCAUGCGCAAGGACCACUACCGCGUACAUCUACAUGUUCAUACCGGGGUCAAGUCCUUCUUCUGCGAGGACUGCGGGAAAGGUUUCUACCGCAAGGACCACCUGCAGAAGCACUCGCAGGUGCACAGCCGCGCGCGCGCGCCGCCGCGCCGGCGCCGCUCGCUGCCCGCCCUGCUCCCCAUACACCUGCUCAACAAGCACGACCACGGCACCAGCGUGCGCCCCGAGAUCACCAUCACUGCGCCAUCAAACACAAAACUACGCGUCCCGCUACAAAUUAAAGUGCCGUAUCAAGUGGUGACGUCGCUCGACAACGGCGAACAGCGCGUCACCACCGUGGACCCUCGCGAGCUGCUCUCCUGAUAUGAACUCAUGUACGGUUAGGUUAGACCACUACAUUACAUACAUUAUAUAAAGCCUGACCAGGCAGGCAAGCAUGGUCGCACGAUAUAACAUCAGGCCGUCCUUUUCGCACUAUUUGUAAGUGCGAUAGCGACGCACCGAUGCGAUAAAGUUUAUCCAACUAGCGUGCUACAAAAUUUCAAGAAAACUAAUGUUUUCAUAUUAACUAGCGCCAAAUACGUGAGGUAAACGGCGCCCUCUUAACAAUGCUCAUCAGGCUUUAAUUACCAAAAAGUUGAUGGCAUUCGACAACAACUACUAAUACGAACUCAUGUAAGGUUCAACCCCACCUUUCCCUGAAUAGGUGGUUGACACCGAGAUUCUCUGAGUUCAUGUACGCCUAGUACCUUCAGAAUAAUUAGCAUAACUAUGGUCCAUCCGCUGCGAACGCACAGCAGAGAUUGAAAGUUGACAGAAUUUUAGCUUUAUUGUGCUACAUAAUGACAACGUACGGCUAGUACCGUUAGCAAAGAAUAUUUGUCUACCUACAGUGACAAAACUGAACAUGAUAACAAUGUCAGUAAAUA